AUGCUCAUUAAUGAGAAUUUUAUGAGCUCGUCAUUGGACGGAGAAAAACAAACGCCUGGUACGCCGACCAACAACGCUGAAGAACUCCACGAUCCAAGUUCAAUCUCCGAAAUCGAAAAUUGGCAAGUUGAUGUUCAGAACGAGGAAACUGGGAACCCAAGAGACCCAAGACGCUUGGCCGGGACAGAUUCAAGCGGUUCUCAUGGUCCAUUUUUCAGGACAUACAUCACAUCACCAGUCAUUCAAAUUGAUCUUGAAAUUAGAGAGAAUAUCAAUAGUAUCAUGACGAGGUUCCAACGCCUUUGCGAAAUCUUGACCGACAAUUAUGAUUUUCUCAAAGACAACAGGGAAGGUCGACGGAAAGACAACGAAGGCGAGAGUUUACGACUCCGAGUGUAUGUCGUUGCUAAGAAUCGAAAUGGAAAUGACAUAUCCAAGGAUCUUAUGGUUCAGCCAACUGUCAGAUUCAUGGCAACUGCUUGGGCUCUAGAGAAAAGACUGAAUGACCUUCUUCCUGAUUACACGCAGUGGAAUACCUUGGCACGACCUUUGUCGAAAACAGCUAAUCUCAAUGAAAGCUAUUAUGCUAACCUAUCGACAAUCUUCAGAUGCGACGAGUUAAGUAUAGUCUUUCAAACUAAUGUCGAGUAA